AUGAAUAAUUACUUCCAACAAAAGAAAAGAACUGUCUCUCUCUCAAACCCAAAAUCAACAAAAAAACACAAUCCCAUACUCGACAACUCGUUUAAUGAUCGUCGACAACACUUUCUACAAACUCUCGACCCUGCCUUUGCCAAUUGCUUACUCAAUGGACUUUACCCCACUCCCAAAAUACCCAGAGAAACCACCAAACCCAUCACACUCUCCAAGUUAUUUCUAUCCAACAAUCACAGAAUCCAAUAUAUUGUUGAUGAUUUCUCACAGUCCCAUUUGCCUAGAGAAUUGUACACUGAAUGUCCCAAAAUUAAAUUAAGAGAUAGAGACCAAUCUUUGGAAGGUCCCUAAUGGUCCUAUGAGAACAGACCCAAGUUGAGGAAAGAUCAAGCCAACCAAGCAAAUUCAUAUAAUAAAAGUGUUAUAGACGAUACCGCUAAAGAUAUGAUCAUGGUCUAUUUUCCAUCCUGGAAAACUCCUUCCAAAGAUAAAUGGAAGACUGACAGAGGAUUUCUCACUACCGUUAAUCCAAAGUCAGCAGAACCUCAAUUUUAUAGCGAUGUUUACAUCGAAGGCUUUGAAGCGUUGGGAGACAUAUCAAGAAAAGUUGAUAAGGAGGACCUCAACCCAAAAGAAUAUAGAACCAUCAUUAAAUCGACUCUUGAACCCUUGGCCUCUAAUUCAAUCAGAAAAGCCAUGUAAGAUAACAUUUACAAUAAAUUAUAACAAUCAAACUUAAAUCCCUCCGAUCUCAGUACCAAUACUAAAUAUCCUAAAAUUUAUAAUAAAUCUAUAAGGCAAUAAAUCAUCUCUAUUGCAAAAAGGUUUAAAGAAGAUUGA